AUGUCGCUCACUUCACAGGUGGCAGCCCAGCCUGACUUGGCCCAGCUGCACCCAUUUGAUCCGCUCACUCCUUCGGAAAUCAAGCUAGCCGUCAGCAUUUUGGAGGCAGCUUUCCCCGGCGUGACCUUACGGUACAAACGAAUAGACGUACAGGAGCCGCUCAAGAAGGAUGUCAUACCCUAUAUCGAAGCAGAGAGGCAAGGCCACAAAUUGCCGCCACGACCAGCUCGCGUGCUGCAAGCACUCUUCCAUCGAUUGGAUACUGGUGCUUUUUAUAAAGCCCUGCUCAAUGCCGAUGCCAAAUCUGUGAUCUAUGCAAAGGAGCUGCCAAGGCAUAUUCAGGGCCCUGUAGAUGUGGACGAGAUGAUAGCCAUUGAAGAGCUUUGUAUCCAACAUCCAGAAGUGCAAAAGGAAAUUGAGAAACUGCAGCUUCCUCCUGGAGUCACGGUAUGCAAUGACCCAUGGAUCUAUGGCACAGACGAUCCAAACGAAAGUCGACGGCUAUUCCAAUGUUAUAUGUAUAUCGUGGCGGUUGACCACCCCCAAAAUAAUCACUACUCAACACCUUGCAAAUUCUCUCCUGUUUUUGACGGCAUCACGCAUGAACUAGUCCGGAUAGAUUAUCUUCCAACAGGCACCGAUCAUUCGGUGGUAGCCACUACUACACCGUGGAAGCCAGUCAAAACUAUCCAGUAUGCCCAUGAACUACUCGAUACACCGCUUAGGACGGAUUUGAAGCCAUAUAUUGUGCAACAGCCGGAAGGCCCUUCCUUCAGUUUGGAUGGUAACCUUGUGUCCUGGCAAAAAUGGCGGUUUAGGGUUGGCUUCAACACUCGCGACGGCCUAGUCAUUAACAACGUCACAUACGAUGGCCGCAACCUAUUCUAUAGACUGUCACUUUGUGAGAUGACUGUCCCAUAUGGAGAUCCUCGCAAACCGUUCCACAGGAAGCAGGCCUUUGACGUGGGCGAUGUUGGCUUUGGUGUGACAGCGAAUCAACUAUCACUCGGGUGUGAUUGUCUUGGACAUAUCAAGUACUUUGAUGGAUGGCGUACAGACUCCAAAGGAGAGCCAGUUCAAUUGGAGAACGUGAUCUGUCUGCACGAACAAGACAAUGGUCUUCAACACAAGCACACUAACUAUCGCACAAGUUCGGCUACAGCUGUGCGCAACCGUCAACUAGUUGUUCAGAUGAUUUGCACAGUGGCCAACUACGAAUACAUCUUUGCAUAUAUCUUUGACCAAGCAGCCGGUAUUGAGCUUGAGGUCCGCGCUACUGGCAUUCUGUCCACAAGUCCAAUGGACAACCAGAACGGAGAAACGGUUCCAUGGGCCACCAAUGUCGGCCCCGGUGUGAUAGCAGCAUUCCAUCAACACAUGUUCUCAUUCCGCAUUGAUCCUGCUAUAGACGGGUUUAAGAAUACCAUCUACUACGAGGAUAGCGUGCCACUGCCGGAGACCGAAGAGAACCCGUAUAGCUGCGGAUAUGUUUCCGAGGAGACUGUGUUGAAGAAAUCGGGUACAGCCAACACAUCUGUAGAUCGACACCGAGUUUUCAAAAUUCGGAAUGAUAGCGUGAUCAACCCUAUCACAUACAAACCCGUUGCCUAUAAAUUGCAAACCUCGCCAGCUCAAAUGCUUUUGAUGGGACCAAAGUCAUUCAACUUCCGUCGGGCAGAAUUCGCAACGAAGCCCAUCUGGGUGACCAAAUUUCAAGAAGAGGAAUUAUAUGCCGCUGGAGAAUUUACCAAUCAGAGCCGAAACUCCGAGGGAGUCGAGAAGUGGGUUGCAAGAAACGACACUGUUGAGAAUGAGGACGUUGUUCUUUGGCAUACAUUCGGUCUCACACACAAUCCUCGCAUCGAGGAUUUCCCAGUUAUGCCAGUUGAAAAGGUGAGCGUUAUGCUCAAACCUGACGGAUUCUUUACCAAAAACCCGGCUCUGGAUGUUCCUGCUUCAGUGCAGUCUUUCAACAAGUCAACGUUGCAUCAGGAUACACCUACUUCCUGCUGCCACGAUCAGACAGGUGGCACCGGUGCGGAUAGAGCAAAGUUGUAUAAACGAGUUGACUAG